CAACGAGUUAGGCGUUUCCAAUGGCUCAAUUGGCACUCGGCAGAAUUGUGCCGAGGCUCUUCGGCGCUCCUCCUUGCGACAUCGGGGCCUGUCCGAGGCCUGAACGGUCUCGCCGCCCAUCAAUCGCUCUCUUAAUGGAAGGAGAAUCACCCUGUCGACGAGCCAUCUCGUAUCUGUCAAACUCGCCCGACGAAGUCAGUCGAAUAUUCCUUUCUUGUCAGCUAUCUACCGCGGCGCCAGCAGGAACGUACAUCUCCGCAAACGCACGAAAUGAAUGACAAUGCUCUCCGAUAACUACAUCAAACAGCUCCAGCUGGCCAAGAUCCAGCUGGCCAUAGCAGAUCUGGGGGCGGCCAAUGUCCUGUUCGUCCUGUUGGGCCUCGCGGUCGCUGUCGUGGCCGUCGACUAUGCGUGGAUGCUUUGGCUCCGAUCCAAGAUGCCUCCUGGGCCUUGGCCUUGGCCUAUCAUUGGAAAUACGUACUCCCUGCCCGAGGAAAAGCCCUGGGUAUACUUUGAGGAGCUGUCCCAGAAGCACAAGACGCCCCUGAUAACAUUCUGGAUCGGACGUAAUCCAACCAUCUGGAUCUGCGAUGCUUGGGCGGCGCACGAUCUUUUGGAGAAGAAAGCCCAGCUGUACUCAUCACGGCCACGGAUGGUCGUGUUUGGGGAGCUGGGAACGGGCCAGUCCAACCUGGUAACGAUGAGGACUCGAAACCAACAAGAGCGCGACCAUUGGAGGAUACAUCGCAAGAUCAUGCACUUGGGCGUUGGCAUCCAGGCCGUGCGCCGAUACCGAGAUGUCCAGAAUUUCGAGAGCCAGAUCGUAGCGAGCGACAUGCUGCGAGACCCGGCCAAUUUUGUCAAGCAUCUUGAGCGCUACGCCACGAGCGUGGUGUCGAUUCUUGCCUUUGGGCGCCGCGUCGCCUCCUUCGACGACCCCAUCAUCACCGAAGUCAUUGCCGUCAUGCAACUUGCGGCGGAGCUCAAUGUGCCAGGGAAAACGUUUCCGAUGUUGAUGGAGACGUUCCCCAUCCUGGCCAAGUUCCCCCGCUCGAUGCCGUGGAUGCGAGGCCUGGGCUCGCGUGGGCAGAAGGGAGGACACUACUUCUUUUACUCCUUGGCGAUGGAGGCAUUGGAGCAGCAGGCGGAGAAGACCGAAGAGCAGCUUGCCGCAAUCCCCAAGCCGUACGUCAAGACACUAUUUGACGAGAACGAAAAGUACAACCUUCCCGUGGACGAGCUUAGCGCCUUGACCGGAAACCUUUUCGGCGCUGGCUCCGACACGAGCGCCAGCACUCUGGUCACAUUUGCGCUCGCCUGCACCGCCUUCCCCGAGCCGAUGCAGCGCGCCCAGGCCGAGCUCGACGCCGUCGUGGGCGCUCGCCGCUCGCCCAACUGGGAUGACCAGGCGUCUCUGCCGUACGUCAACGCGUUCGUGAAGGAGGUGCUGCGAUGGCGCUCCGUAGCGAUAAUUGGUGGCCAGCCGCAUUCACCCACGGCCGAUGACUACUACGAGUUUGCCGGAAAGCGGUACCUGAUCCCGGCCAAUUCAUGGGUCCAGGGGAAUGUCUGGGCCAUCCACCGGAACCCCCGGGAGUUCCCCGAGCCGGACCGCUUCGAGCCAGAGCGCUUCAUCAAAGGCUCUGAAUGGAAAAGAGACUUCCCCGGCGACAAGGGGUACCACACCUUCGGCUGGGGACGCCGCGUCUGCUCGGGCCAGGCGCUGGCCGAGCAGGGGGUUUGGAUCACGAUCGUGAGACUGCUAUGGGCGUUUGACAUCCGCAAGAAGCAAGACACGUCUGGCAAGGAGAUUCCAGUCGACAUCUUUGCCUUUACUAAUGGCCUGAAUAUGAGACCGCAACCUUUUGAGUGCGAAAUUACGCCGCGCUCGCAAGAGAUCCGGGCGACGAUAGAGAGGGAGGGCGAGGAGGCGCUGAUGGAGCUGAGUCCGCUUGAGGGGGAGAGCAAGUACAGGAUGUCCACCUUUUACCAGCAAAAGAAGGCUGAGAGUAAAAGCCAGGUGUAGGGGGAGUGUUAUGGCGGGAGAUAGUUGCGAUCUGAUGUAUCGUAACGUAAUUGGUCAUUGAUAUUUGGUGUCCGCUCAUGCAUCUCCUGCUUGCAUAUUGUUGCCGAUAGGGGCCUGAUUCUUGAGCACGCUGGUUACAACUCAAUAAUACGCACACAUCGUCCACAAUAUCUUGGUAGAGGCAGACAGAAAAGUGGCAAAUAAACGAGCAUAACACCAUGCGGGUAUGGAG